AUGGAUGUAAGGAAUCGGAGACACGUCAAUCCAUCACCAAUUUCAGAUCGAAAGGUUAGAAGAAGGAAUUCAUCGCAAACUAACAUAUUGCGACUAGAUGAUAGCGAUGAUGACGAAGAAGAUAAAAAAUUUAUUAUAAAAGAUCAGGAUGAAACAGAAUUCGUAGGCAAAAACGAGUUAUUUAUCAAUACUCAAACUAAUCCAUAUGAUCCAAAUAACGAUAAAAUCAGAUCUGCAGAUGUUCAUGAAUUUCAAAUCGAAAUGCCGAAACUUCCAUCGCCAAAAUCGCCAUCUAGCUUUCCAAGAAGACAAGUGUUAAGUUCAAGAACAUAUAAUAGGCCUUCUCCAAUUCAAUCUGCGAAUUCUUUACAAGAAAUGGAAGAGUCAUCUACAUCAAAGGAUAAUUUAGCAAUAGAAAGCACAAAUAAACCUAUUGAUACAGAAAUUACAGAUAAAAAAGAAUGUUUAUCUCCAAUUGUCGUUUCUGAACCAUCUAAACCAGAAAAAUCUACAACAGAUAAAAAGAAAGACACAGAUAGUACAGUACAAGUUGAAAAAUACGGAGAUUUCUCAGACAUUGAAAUGAUUCAUUAUAAAAUGCUAAGAAUAUCGAAAUUUACAAUGGCUGGCAAAAGAUUUCACUUUCAAUUAUAUAAACACGAAUAUCCAUUACUUCAUUCCAAGAUUUUGAGUGAAAUUCCUUGUGAAAUUUUUGUAUCUCAAGGAAUUUCAUGUCAUAUCUCAGAUAAAGAGCAUGAUGCAGUUAUCAGAUGCGAAAAGAAGAGCAACACAUUCUUCCUUCGUGAGAAAGGAGCUACAAAAGACCGCGCAUUAAUUAAAUUUAUUUCUCCUCCAAUUGUUGGAGGCUGCAGAUCAGUUUCCAUGCAGAUAAGGAGGGAAAGUGAUAAGAAAAUACUAUUUUUGAAAUCAAUUCCUCCGAAACUGAUGCCAAACGGCGAAUGGAAACAAGAUUUGGGAAUCUACGAAAACAUGAAAUACCAGAAAAGUGUAAAAAAUGUUUCUCUGUACGAAGAAGAGACAAAAGACAGGUAUUUGACGUUUAUAAGAAUCAAUGACAAUGAGGCAACAAUUAUUGCACAUAAAGACAUUCCAAUCACCGCUGUCCACCUCUUUGGAGUGACUUCUUACAUGACAAGAGUGUUUUGA